UUGGGCAUCAAACACUCCUGGUUGUCUUCGAGAUUAGCAGCAACGCUAAAGAAAACUUAGCCAAGAUGAAAUUCCUGAUUGUGGCCUCAUUCUGCGUGGCUGUGGCUCUUGGUCAAAAUGUGGUUCAGCCAAGACCAAACGUCCGAACUUUGCCUGCUGAAGUCCGCAAAGAGGCUCCGGGUCAAUGCUACGGAUUCACUGCCAGAAGGGCCUUCCCUGUGGGCCAGUCUUGGCAACUGACUCCCUUCUGUGGUAGAGCCACCUGCCUCCAGCAAGGGAACCAGCUGCUCGAAAAGGUGGAAGACUGUGGCUUUGAGCCCAAGCCAUCUCCCGGCUGUCGAGUCGUGAACGAAGCCGACCAAGCUAAGUCAUACCCAGCCUGCUGCCCCGUCUAUGCAUGCCAGCCAGGUGCCACACUCCAGUACCCAACUGAGCAAGAACUGAGGGCUGCUGCUCAGCAGAAUGCUCAGGCUGCACAAGGUGCACAGGGAUAAUUUCUCAGUCAAAAAAAAUAAAGUCUACGUUGAAUAACAAAAAAACCAUGAACGCAAAACAUACCAAAUAUUUUAGAUUUACACUUCAGAAGUAUGAAUAGUCUCUCAAAGUGCGAUGACUUUUGGGUACUUUUAACUAAAAUCAUCCAUCGAAAGCACUCAUAUGACUGUCUUUUAACUUAUUUAAUGUCCAUGAACAUGUUACUACCAUUCUGAAGAUUUUGAUAUCAUUAUUGAAGAAAUGUUUCAAAACGUUCUCAGCUAGAUCGUUAAAAAAAGGGAUUUAUUUUUUCAUGUGUAAAUAAAUAAAGAUAUUUUUCUUCA